AUGGAUGACCUGGUCUCCGGUGAAGUGGACGUGAGGCCGGCCUUGGGCUUAAACUUGAAAACGGCGCGGCGGCGAGCAGCCCGUCCCGCGUCCGCAAGCGCCGCAUCAUCGUUCGCGGGCUUCUGCGGCGGCCCGUUUUCAGCCGUAGCAGAUGUUGGGGGCUGUGGUGAGGAGUUUGCCAAUGUCGUAGAUGGAGACAUCAGCCUUGGGGAUACCCUUGGGGAUGAUAGCAUCAUCCUUAUCCCUGUUGAUCUUGCUGGAAUGAGUGGCAACAUUGGCCCUGCUGGUGACUUCAACCGUUUUGCUGGUUGUUCUUUUCACUGUUUCACUCCGGAUUGCUUCCGCUUAGCUGAUGAUGAGGAAACUUUCUGCAUCACAUGGGAACAAAAUUUGCCAUAUGCUGUUUUCAGCAAUAGUGCAACUGAUUUGCAGUAUCUCAUUCCAGCUGAUUGUGACUACAGCUUGAUCCGAUCUGCUUUGCAUCUCAGCUUCGUACUACCGAUAGCAAUUGGUGACGGCCUUGAAAAGACAUUGCUCGAUAAAAGACACCCGCCCAUCUACCCCAAAUGA